GGGCCCGGCCCAGACCGGACGAGCCCAAACAGAAUGGCCACCACCUCCGCCUACGCAGUGGCGGCCGGCGGCGGGGAGGCGUCGCCGUGCCGGGGCGCCCUUCUCAGGCCACGGCCUCCCCCGCACCGCCUCGCGUUCCUCUCCCGGGCGCCCGCUCGUCGGGCCUCGAUCUCGCUGCCGCCGGGGCCUCGCCGGGCGGGUCUGACAGCGGCGACCGCGGAGGGGAGGGCGGGGACGGGGAUGGAGGACGAGGAGGAGGGGCCGGCGUGGGUGGAGCUGGAGCCGAUCAGCGGCGAGGAGCAGCUGGACCGGGCCCUCGCCGAGGCCCAGCAGCGCGGCGUCCCCAUCGUCGUGUUCUGGACGGCGAGUUGGUGCAGGAAAUGCAUAUAUCUGAAGCCUAAGCUGGAAAAGUUGGCAGCAGAAUACUAUCCGAGAAUCCGGUUUUACUGUGUCGACGUCAACGCUGUUCCACAGAAGCUCGUGAAUCGUGCAGGAGUAACGAAGAUGCCUUCCAUACAGAUGUGGAGCGACUCCCGGAAGCAGGCCGAGGUGAUCGGCGGGCACGAGUCGUGGAUGGUGAUCGAGGACGUCCGGAGGAUGGUCGAGCAGGAGGAAUGAAUGAUCCAACGCGGCGAUGGUUCCCGUGACAAUACCGGCCUUUCACCGUGGGAAAAUGGAGAAAACAAGAUAAGAGGCGGAAUGGAGAAAACAAGAUCGAGAUUGAGCUAUGUAUGUCCAGUUUUGUAUAAUCAUUCAUCGCGCACGGACGCCUAGGGUUCUUGGAGAAGGGGGGCUUCUCUUGCUGGGGUCCUCUCUAGGAUUUAGAGGAUUGGAGGGGCAUGCCCUUGAUGUAUCUAUCUAUUUUGAGUUUCUGGGAUCAGAAGGUUUUCCGUUAGUCAUCAUGUAGCAAUAAAAUAUCCAGUCAAUGACCUUGCAGGGAAUUAGAAUACAUGCUGGGUGCUUUGGUGCCAAUUA